GUAGCAAGUAGCAAGCAGCAAGCAGCAAGCAGCAAGCAGCAGUGUAUCACCUAUCUAACGGUCGAUCUCCUAUACUCAUAAGUCAGGACUUCAGAAUUUGAAGCUCAAAACUUCCAUUAAAAUGAACUCCAAACAACUAGAUUCAAUCCCACCAACAAACCCGGUAAAUCUGACCAAUGACCUAACUCUCUCCCCUCGAAUCAAUCUCCUUCUGUCCAUUUACCGUUCAGAUACCUCUGUAUCUCCAUUAGAUGAAUGGAAAUUAAAGAAUUCCCUCAUCGAUUUCCUAAAAUCUUCCUUCUCUUACCCCAUCAAUCUUCCCGAAGAAGACCUUCUUAUUCGUCGCUUUAAGGACCUCAAAAAGCGUAAACGUGAAGACCCAAUUGCUCUCUGCUCGAUUUUCAUCCGUGAUUUAGGGUUUGUAGUCUCAAGUGCUAAGAAACUCAAAGGUUCGGAUGAUAGUGAGGAUGAAUUGUUGGAGAAGAAGUUUCUGGAUUGGAGGAAUGUUCUGGUCGAGAAGAUGGAUGGGUUGGAAGUUAAUUUAGAAGGGGUUAAGUUUAGGGUUUGUGCUAGUUUGCCAGUAUCUGAUGAUUUUCAGUUGAUGAAAAAGAAUUGGGAGGAAUUCUAUGCUUUUGGUUCAGGAAAUUAUUCAAGGGGUACAAAGAAAGAACCCGAUACAAUUAUAUUGAGAGGUUUGCCAUCAAGAUGGUUUGCCGAGACUCGUGUCUCAUCGAAACCGUCAAUGCUUGUUACUCAUACCAUUUUUUCGACCUUUGGGAAAAUAAGGAAUCUUAAUGUUGCCAAGGACGAUGAUCUAGGUAAGGAUACAAAUGCAGAUGAUGAAGAUCUCAUUUCAGGUUUACAAUGCAAAGUCGUUGUUCAAUUUGAGCAGUACAAGGAGUUUUAUAAUGCCAUGAAGGUUCUAUGCGGUCGUUCAUUGCAAAAGGAUGGAUCACGCAUGAAAGCUGAUUAUGAGGUAACUUGGGAUAAGGACGGAUUUUUUCAAAGUUCAUGGCGUCACACACAAGAUAACAGAAAUGAUGGCCCUAGACAUCGAUCUUACAGUUCUCGUUAUAGUCCUGAGGAUGUACGUUCAAAAAGAUACAAGGAAUAAGAUCUGAUUUCGUACAUCUGAAGAUUGGGUUGAUGAAUAUGCUUAAAUGGAGGGGACGAUGCUGGCUCCUUUAGUAACCAUAGUUGAUGAUCUGUUGUUACGAACUGAAAGUUGAUGCAUCCAUCUUCGUUGACUAAUGAAUGGUUCAUGGUAUCCUAAUUUUUGGCAUGAGUUUCUGGAAAUGUUUGUACUCCACUUCCACAGCUUUUUCAGCAUUGUUCGAGUUCAGACAAAUUUCAUAGUCAUAAAGUAUCAGCAGCCCUGUUUCUGAAAAAAUGUUGGCCUAAGGGCAAAAUGUAAAAUGGCGCCCUUCCAAAUAAUCUCAAAAAAACUUGAGAUAUGCAAAAUUGAUAGGUUUGCCAGUAAAUUAUAAUAUUGCUUUUAUUGUAUAAAUGAUUACAUACUAUUUGAAUUCACAAGUAAAUUUAUGGUUGUGAAUUCGGAUGCUCAGUUGAGUUUUGGGUUGGAUUUCAUAAGUUUCGAUUUUAGUCGUGGUCGGGUUUGGCGGGUAAUCUAGCGAUUUGAUUUAUGUCGGUUCAGUUAUGGGUCAAAAUAUGUUCGGUCUAUAUGGGAUGAAUACCACUUGGAUGUUAUUUGUUUUCAGAUUGAGUUAAUUUCAGAUUGGUAAAAUUUAAUACAAUUUGAAAUUGGUUAUACUGCAAGUCAAAUUGAUUUUGGUUUGGCUAUGAAUCGAGUCAUGUUUGGUUUCAGAUUAACUUCGAGUUAGGUAAUUUAGGAUUUGGCUUACAAUGCUAGGCUUAUAUAUGAGGGGAUUCUGUGUAUACCUCCAGCUAUAGAGUGUCGUACUAGGGAUAAGAGGUAGAUAGCUCCAUUAGGCUUUGAGAUAUGUCUGAUAAUCUAUAUAGAGAGUUGAUCGGUACUCCUUUGGGUGUGCUGUCAUGUAUCAUGUACCAAUUCAUUGAUAUUGCCUUUUUCACAUCAUUCAUGGAGAUGUGACAAUUGGAUACCAACACAUUUC